AGCAGCAUAGGCUGCUGGUGCUGGUGGUGGUGGUUGGUGGGGGCCUCGGUCGGUGGAAGGCGGGCGCUGGGUUUGGGGAGCUUCGGGCCCUGGGCGUCGGUGGCGCGCCGGCGGAUGAGCUCGCCAGGACGCACCCCCUCCCCCGCCCCCCCGGCCUCUGACAGACGCCCCGUCCCUUCAGGCUCGGCUUCCUGCCCAGCCCGUCGCCGCAGUUGGUGAAGGAGGGGAGGAGCUUGCAAUCUUUGGAGGAAUCCAAGGCAGUGACCAUGGCACUGGGGACAGCGUGGAAACAAAUGUCUUGGCUUUACUACCAGUACCUGUUGGUUACAGCACUAUAUAUGCUCGAGCCAUGGGAAAGGACCAUAUUCAACUCCCUAUUGAUAUCUAUUGUUGGGAUGGCUGUGUACACAGGUUAUGUGUUCAUGCCUCAGCACAUUAUGGCAAUAUUGCACUACUUUGAGAUUGUUCAAUGACUGCCUUAAGCCUGGACCAAGGACCAGAAGUACACAAAGGAGAAGGAAGAUCUCUAGUAACUGUUUGCACCUCGGUUAUCACUAAGAAUGUUGUUGAAGAUCAACUUGAAUGGAUUACAAAACUAGAAGCUUGCAGAGUGGCAGACCAAAAUAGAAUGGAGUGUAUUUCAUGGUUUUGUAUUUAUUGUUUUAAUAUACAUUCUUUCAACGUAACGAGCUGCCCUUGUUAAUCUAGUUAUUGUAUUUACUGAUAACAGUACUUGCCUUUUUUUACAGUGUGCAUAUUGCACUGUGAAUGCAUUAUUGUAUCUUUAUAUAAAUGUCAUUAUUGUAGAAUGUUCCAUAUGUAAUUCAACUAUAUCUAGGACCUUAAUGAUCAAAUAUUUGGUAAAAUGCCACAUUUGAUAAUAUACCAAGGUAUGAGAACUUAAAUUUUUAACUUUUCUGAAUUUUUGGCACCUAGUUGGAAUUUCAUGAGAUGCAUAUUUUGAAGUAUCAUUUUUUAAUACCAUUUAAAAAUGCCCACCUGUAAAGACUUGUAUAGAUGUCAUAUUUUUGGUGUCCUAAAUUAAAUAUAAAAUUCCUAUGAUGA